CUACUUUGUCGGAUUGAAGCUGUCAGAGGACUUUGCACCUUGCUUCCAUCUCCUUGUGUACCAACUCCCACUUCCCACUCCCACUCUCACCCACGUCAAAGCGACGAGCAGCGAGGAUGUCGUCCUACUCCUCCUCGUCCUUCCUCCAGGCAGGCAACAGCUCCCCGCUUCGACAGGCUCUCAAGCCCUCCUCCCAUUACCACGGCCAAGGGCAGAGUGAGCCCUCCUCCUCCUCCUCCUCUCAUCUACGCAACAGCACAAGCGCAGGCGGUAGUGGUACCUCGGGCUCUGUCUCCCAUUCCCUUCCCUCUACCAGCAGCAGCAGCAGCAGCAGCAGCACUUCGGAUCUCCUCUCCCUACACCCCUCCACUACCCUCCCCUAUAGCAUCUCCUCUGUCAGCUCCUACUCUUCCUCCUAUGCACCGCAGAAUAUACUUGUGGAUCGACCAAUGGAUCUGGCUAGUAGAUGGUCCGGAGCUAGCGUAAGCGCUGUGCCUCCCUCUGGAGGAGGAGGAGGGGGAGCUGCUGGCCUCGGAGCUGGGCCGGGUGGAAGAGGAGGGUUGAACUUGGGAGCUGGAGUGACUGGCGGAAGUGGGAGUGGAAGUGGAAAGCAGUACGUCGUUCUGAAGUUGGAGGAAAUGGCCGUUGUCAAGUCCAUCUACUUUGGCAAGUACAAGGAACCUCACCCUUGCAAUCUCAAGGACUUCAAAGUGUACGGGUACUGUGGACCUUCCUCUGAUCCAGAUCCCAAUAGCGGAUUGUGGACAAAAUUGUUGAGGGCGGGAUUGAGGGAUAAUGGUGUGCCGGAGGAGUUUGCACUCAACUGGAAGGAUGGGAGUGGAUUGCCGCUUCCCCUGCGAUAUAUCAAGGUGGUACCACUGGCAGCUCAUAGACCCAACUAUAACUUCUCGAUCUGGCAUAUUGCUCUCAAGGGUGUAUCGGACAAAGCACUGAUCAGCCAGGUUGCGCAGGAGUACGAUGAGCACUGCGAGAGCAAUACAAUGCGGCUCAUUCUCAAGCAUCUUCGAGCACGAGGCCAUCACUCGGCCUACCAAGCACUCCUCGCCUCUUCGAAGUUGGACGGCAAGACGAGCUACGCAGGUUCUAGCAGCUCUGGCGCUAAUAGAGCGUCCAGGCGGCCAUUCGAGCAUCCCUUGGUGACGCAGCUCUACGAAGCUAUCAUGCGCGGCGAUUGGGACGCUGCAGAAAGAUGCUUGGACGCUGCUGCUGGGCUUACUAGCGACGGGUCGAGCGAUGACGUUGGCGAGUCUUCUGGUACCAGUCUCUUUGCCGCCUUUGUCUCCAAGUGCUCUCAGCAGGCCGAGUGGACUAGGCUGCUUGGUACAGACAUCAAUGGCGAGGUACCAAGCGCUCGAGGUGGACAUCAGCUCGUGCUAGAUACUGUCAAGGGCACUGCGUAUCUCUUCGGCGGCUGGGACGGUCAGGUCGAUCUCAACGAUCUUUGGAUCUACUACAUCGAGGAAAGCAGAUGGAGGUGCAUCAGCCGAGACACCACAGAGCAAGGCGGACCCAGCCCGAGGAGCUGUCAUCGCAUGGCGUUCGACAGUCGGUCUGGAAUCAUCUAUGUCCUGGGACGAUACGUCGAUUAUGAGAAGCAGCAGCAACAGAGGAACCUCAGGUCCGAGGUGAUUGAGGCUGGCGCUCGGAGUCCACUGGCUACAGGUACUACACCACGAGCAGGGGCUGCGACGCCUGGUAGGAGCACUCGAGAUGCACCAGGACUGAGCGGGUCAGAUCCGUCUACUGCAAGGGCGGCGACACUCAGUCCCAACCUAGCAGCAGCGUCGCCACGGGAUCAGGGCACCCGUGCUCCUUCUUCACCUCGCCUUGGGGAGACUGCUUCUGCGCCGCACACUUCGGACUUCUUCCGCUUCUCCACUCGCAAUGAGCGUUGGGAUCGUCUCUCCUCGAAUACUGCUCUCGAUGGUGGACCGAAGCUGAUCUUUGACCACCAAAUGGUCGUGGAUGAGGAGAGCCAGAUGAUGUACGUCUUUGGUGGGCGCGUAGUGCAUUGGGAUCCUGCGCAGGUACAGCUGUCGGGCAUGUGGUCUUACGAUUGCAUUCAGCGCACCUGGACUUUCCUCUUCGACGACGAUACACGCACCGGAGGCAAGAUUCUCAGCCGGGCAGGCCACUCGAUGCUGCUUGACACGGGCUCGAGAGGCGGAAACGGAGACGGCAAGCGACAGCUGUGGAUCCUGGCGGGUCAGCGAGCAGACUCGUACCUGGCGGAUAUGUACACCUACAAUCUCUCCUCUGGGGCUGUGCGGCAGAUUGCAAGGGACUACAGCCAUGGCGGAGCAGGUCCCGAGGGAGGCUUCACUCAGAGAGCCUCCAUCGACUCUGUCAAGCGGGAGAUUCACCUCUACAGCGGUAUCGUACGACGUACUAAGCAGUCCGAGAGCGGACCUCGUAGCUCGUUUUGGGUGUAUAGCAUCGAGCGCGAUGAGUGGCAGCAGGUCUGGAAGGGCGGGGCUAGCACCUCGUUGCCUGUAGAGGAGGAGGAAGACGACGAAGAGAAAGACACGUAUGAUGCGGAUCGGGGAGAAGAGGCGGAAGAGGCGACCGAUCGUCUCAGCAAGGCCACCGUUACUGCCGCUCCCGGCUCGUCCUCUUUCAAGAAGCUCAGGAUCCGAGAGCCUCAGCCUCGCUACGCCUCGCAGCUCAUCUUUGAUGCCAAGUCGGAAAGCUUUCUCCUCUUCGGUGGCAACCCAGCUGAAGCCACCCAAGACGGUCCCGGCGUGUCUGCACGUCUGGACGAUCUCUGGUCCCUCCGUCUUUUGCGGCCACAAGUAGGUGAGGUGCUCCGUCGCGCCAAGUUUGCCCUCCGGCAACAGCGCUUCAAGGAGAUGGCCGCGGCCGUCGUCGUUCCUCGGCGCGGUCUCUUUGCGACUUCUCUCCUUGCACCUCCUUCAUCGAGUCAGGAAGAAGCGGCAGCGGAUGGAGGUGGGUGGAAGGCGAUGCAGGCUCUUGCUUAUCUACAGACGGAGGUGGCGGCCGUAGUGGAUCACGAGGCGCCUGAAGAGGCACGGGCCUUCCGCAAACUCGUCGCGGGACUUCUCGGAGGUGAAUCCUCUGUCAACGGAGGUGACGAUGAGGAGAUUGAAAUCGAGGAGAAUGUGCAGGAGAUUGGAGAGAGGGAAGGAGAAAAGGAAAAGCGCAAACGAGUUGGUGAAGACGACGAUGAUGGGGACGACAAUGAAUCGGACGGACUGCCUGCUGUGGAUGACGAUGCAGACAUGCUCUCCGUCUCACAAACGCUACCACGUUUAGGCUCCCCCACCAGUCCCACCUCUGGCAACUCAAUGCACCCUACGACGGUGGGAUCGGGCUCGGGCCCGGGCCCUGGCCCUAGUCUAGGCGAAUCCGCCACCCUCACCUCUUCUACCGCCUCGCACCCCGCUCAAGGCAACAGUGCUCUGUCUCCUUCUCUCUCUAGCUCAGCAGCAGGAGUAGCAGCAGCAGCAGGAGCAGGAGUAGGAGUAGGAGCAGACUACACUACCGGUCCAGCCCUAGACGCAUCACAGCGUUCCCCCCUUCUCUUCUCGCAACGUCUCUCCCUCUUUCGGACUCUCCUCGAGUUACUCCCUGCAGAAGAUGUUGAGCCGGUUGAACAGCUGGGAGUGUGCGUGAGGGCAUAUGGCGCUUCGCUUGGUGGUGCAAAGGGAUUUGUAGAGGGGAGAGAGGAGGGAAAGUAUAUCGCUUCUAGCACUAGUGGUAGUGGUAGUGGUAGUGGUAGUGCUAGUGGAUAUGGAUAUGGGAGUGGUAGUAGAAGUGGACAUAAUCGGAUGGCACUCAGCUUGUUGAGGGAGAGGAGGGCGAGGGAGGAUAGAGGAUGAGGAGGAUGUUCAGCUGCACCUACCUACUUUUCAUCUACUCCUGCACGGCGGAACAAUUGUACUACCUCACACCAUGCCUGAAUGCUCAAUGAAGAAAUGAAGAGAGGGG